UUUGGGUUACUUUGUGUGGUAGCAGUCCCCAUUCAGCUGUGCCUUUCUCCUCUGCUUCUCCUUCUCUUCUUCUUCUCGAUCUCUCUUUUCCUCUUUCCGACAAAAGACACCGUUUUCGCAUAUCAAUACCACCGUUCUCAUUUACUUUAAUUUAUUUUUUCCCGUUUUUUCUUAGGUUGUUUUUUUUUUCCUGUUGUUCGUGAUUUCUAGGUUGAAUCACUGAAUUGUGAUUAGCUAGUUUUUUUUUUCUUCCAUUUUUCUGUGUUUUUAUCUGUGUUUAUAUAUAGAUUGAAUUUUGUAAAGUGAGAGAGGUUUUUCUUUUUCCGCGGGUUUCGGUGAUCUGUGUUUUGAGUGAACCCGAGCUUUGAGGCUCGGGGAACUCGGGAUCCGAAGAGCUAAUGGCAGACGAGAAUUGCAGUGAUGCUGGACCCGACCCGAAUCCUUGCUUUUUGCAGAAAUUCAGACUCUACGAGACUCGCUCGAAUUUCUAUAUGAUUGGAAGAGACAAGAACAGAGCUUUUUGGAGGGUAUUAAAGAUUGAUCGAUUAGACACGUCUGAACUAACCGUUCUUGAAGAUUCUACAACAUACUCAGAAAUUGAAUGCUGUGAUCUGUUAAGACGGAUACAUGAAGGAAACAGGUCCACCGGCGGACUUAAAUUUGUUACAGCUUGUUAUGGAAUCGUUGGGUUUGUAAAAUUUUUGGGACCUUAUUACAUGCUGCUGAUCACGAAAAGAAGGAAGAUCGGUGCAAUUUGUGGCCAUACUAUCUAUGCCAUUACCAAGAGCGAGAUGAUUCCAAUUCCAAAUUCUCCUGUCCAGUCCAAUUUGGCUUAUUCUAUGGAUGAAAAAAGAUACAAGAAGCUCCUCUGCACAGUGGAUCUUACAAAGGACUUCUUUUUCAGCUACUCAUACAAUGUUAUGCAUAGUCUUCAAAGAAAUUUAUGUAAGGAUGAGACAGGACUGUUUAACUAUGAAACAAUGUUUGUCUGGAAUGAGUUCUUAACUCAAGGAAUCCGCAAUAAUCUCAAGAAUACUCUGUGGACAGUUGCAUUGGUAUAUGGCUUUUUCAAGCAGGUCAAACUUUCUGUGUCUGGCAAGGACUUUAAGUUAACUCUCAUUGCAAGACGUUCUCGACAUUAUGCUGGGACAAGAUAUUUAAAACGUGGUGUGAAUGAGAAAGGUAGAGUAGCAAAUGAUGUUGAGACAGAACAGAUUGUGUUUGAAGAUGUUCCUGAAGGAUGCCCCACACAAAUAAGUUCUGUUGUCCAGAAUCGAGGCUCUAUCCCACUUUUCUGGUCCCAGGAAACUUCACGCUUGAAUUUGAAACCUGACAUCAUAUUAUCAAAGAAGGAUCCGAAUUAUGAGGCCACAAGACUACAUUUUGAAAAUCUUGUAAGGAGAUAUGGAAAUCCAAUAAUCAUAUUGAAUUUGAUAAAGAGGUGUGAGAAGAAGCCUCGGGAAAGCAUUCUCCGUGCAGAGUUUGCAAAUGCUAUCAGAUUUCUCAAUAAAAGUUUAACGAAGGAGAAUCGUCUGAGGUUCCUUCAUUGGGACCUGAACAGACAUUCCAGAAAAGCUACAAGUGUGUUGGCGCUUCUAGGCAGAGUGGCUGACUAUGCAUUAAACUUAACGGGCAUCUUUUACUGUCAAGUAACACCAAAUUUUAGACGGGAGGGGUUGUUGAAUUUAUCUUGCUUGGUGCAAAAUGAUGAGUGCUCUCAGAUUCUUUCUGACAUAAGUAACGAUGUUGAGAAGUUGGAAACGGAUGUUGUUAAUGAUAAGCAGAAUUCUAGUGAUAUAAAACCCCCAAUGUUUCAAAAUGGAGUCCUUAGAACCAACUGCAUUGACUGUCUAGAUCGCACUAAUGUUGCCCAAUAUGCCUAUGGGUUGAUGGCUCUUGGACGCCAGCUCCAUGCUAUGGGCUUCACAGAAUCCCAAACGAUUGAUCAAAAUAGUCCUUUGGCCGAUGAUUUAAUGGGAGUUUAUGAAACAAUGGGUGACACACUUGCUUUACAGUAUGGUGGCUCUGCAGCACACAACAAGAUAUUUUGUCAAAGGAGAGGCCAAUGGAAAGCAGCAACUCAGUCCCAGGAGUUCUUUAGAACUUUGCAACGUUAUUAUAGCAAUGCAUACAUAGAUGCAGUGAAGCAAAGUGCCAUUAAUUUGUUCUUGGGUCACUUUCAGCCACAACAGGGUAAACCAGCACUGUGGGAGUUGGAUUCAGACCAACACUAUAGCGUUGGAAAGCAUGGUCCUAAUCUUUUUAAUGAGAAUGAUAGGUCACUUUUUAAAAGAUCACUAUCUGAUGGCAACAUUCUUUGUGGAACUGACUCUCCCUUGGCUGCUUCAAAUGUCGGACACCAUCAGCCUCUGUCUGAAAACACAGGAGCUACCCAUGGUCAUUCAGGGUCCACUCCAGAGAUGCCAACUUGUGAAAUUUCUUAUUCCAGGUUUCCUCCAAGAAUGUCUUGCAGGCAGCUUUUUGGAGAUGUGGAAAAGGACCAUUUUCUUGAAAGUAAUCGCAUAUGUUAUGAUGAAAAUGGAGAUGAAUGUAAUUGCACCAACUUUGAUAUGGACUGGCUUUCUUCAUCAGGAAAUUCAUGUGAUGAUGAUAUAUAUGACAGGUCGACCACGGGCCUAUCAUCUGAAAAUAUUGGUGCUGAACUAAAAAUCGAUAUGACCACAUCUCCAAGUGAGUCAGGGUCAAGUAUAAAGGGAGGGGACCGAACUGCAUCUGACCUCACUUGUGAUGGUAUUCUGGAUGAGUUUUCUGAGAGCUUUGUGAAUUGGGUAACUCAUGGAGAUAUGCUUAAUCCGUUACAGUUUACUUCAAAGUAGUGUCAUGAAUAACAUUUGUUACAAGUUACAAGCACAACCAAAUUGAACCCAUCCGAAGGAUGUGAGUUCAUUUGCAAAAAAUAAUGAUGGGAUUGGCUGAGAGAGAAGAGUUGCGGCUCGUGCGGAGGAAAAAGUUUCAGCUCGUGUAAUACUGACAGCAUUUGCCUCCUCCUGAAAUCCAUGGGAGGGAAUGUCACAGAGGAAGCAGAAGGGUACAUAGCUAAUUUCAUUUUGGAGUUCUGACCACCUCAAUCUGCAAAGAUUCUAAACAACAAUAGCUUUCAACCCCUGUAAAUAAUAUUCUACAAAAUCGAUGAUGCCUUGGAAGUUUGACAUUAUUGGCGAUGCUUGUAUUUCCUUCUCAUGGUAACUUUUUAGCAUAAUAUCCCAUAAUGUGCUAGAUUUCAGAUUUUUAAA